UUUUUUUUUUUUUUUUUUCUUUUGUUUCAGGUUUAGCCUAGAGUCAAGAUCUUUCGACAAUGGGUUUGGCACAGUUUUCGGUCGGCUGAUUCGAGCCCGAUGCAAUUGCCGAGCAACCCCGGGAACUUUCAACAAUUCACUAACAAUUAUCUAAGGCUGCUACAGUUACGUACACCGAUUAAACGACUAAAACGACGAUAGAACUAGCGGCGGAUAUUCUUUAAAAAAACGUUGCUAACGAACACGCAGCGUGCUUCGAUCAUUCCCCUCAGACUAUGCAAAUGAAGAAUAAUUUGACUAUACACGUGCAUUGGAUUUAUCAGUGGAGCGUAGUAGAAAAUUUUAAAACAGAUAAACUAUGAACGGAAUGAAUGAUGUUUCAUAGAAGAAGAGAAGAAGACGGUUGUUGGACUUUGUCAAAAUGCAAUUUAGUUUUGAAUUUCCGUUAUCGAAGCCAUUCAUGCACGCUUGAUGUGUAAAAACGUGACCGCGCACGAGCGACAGAAUAGGAGACCUCUUUGAGAAGGAAAGAGAAGACCGAUCGACAUAGCGCGUGAUCAAUAUAAGGGACGCUAACUUUAUAAUUGCUCUUCUACUUUCGACGCUAUUUUCUUUCAGCUUCAGUGUGUACACAUUGACUCAGUUAACUUGGAAACAUCCUAUAGGCAAUGUUUCUGAGAGUGUGAUAAAGAAUUUUUUCCACUCCCAAGCUUUUUAUCAUUCAGUUACAUGGUUAUGGUAAUUACCCAGAUGCGACAUUUAAAUUCAGUAAAUGGAAAUUUCUAGUUGAAUAUAAGCUGUCAUUAAUUAUCGUCUUUUGAAUGUUCUGACGUAAAUGCAUUGUACAGUGCAUAAUGAUGCAUUAGAGUUGUAUCAUAGUAGAUGUCGCUGCCACCUGAAUUUUGAUCACAAAUGUUUAAGCCCACAGUAUGCUACAACAAUACGAUAGCUGAUAAAAAUUGGACAGCUAAUGAGGAACAGCUGAUAAAAGUUCUGUGAUAACGCCUGACUCAUUGUUAGUACACGACCUUAGGCAAUGUCUACGUUUGUUAUAAGUUGAUGCAGUACUCCUUUGUGUUCGAGUGAACGUGGUGCGAGGCUCUAAUGCCUGAAUCUUUGAGUUUCCACAUGCAUGUGAAGAAAUAAAUUUAUGAAACAUCACCGUGAUUGUUACACAGUGAACGUGAUUUUAAUUCUUGAUUAAUUAACGAGAAAUGGCCUUGUCCAUUGGAUUUGUUACUUUAUCUCUGCUUUCUGUGACAGUAGCCAACGUUAUUUAUUAUCAACCUGAGGCUGUACAUCUUGCUUAUGGAGAUAAUAUUCAUGAUAUCGUUGUAACAUGGAGUACAAGAAGCAAUACUGAAGAAUCAGUCGUGGAAUAUGGAAUAGGAGGAUUAAUUCUUACAGCUCAAGGAAAUUCUACUUUGUUUAUUGAUGGUGGAAAAGAAAAACAGAAGCAGUAUAUUCAUAGAGUAUGGUUGAAAAAUUUGGAACCUAAUUCUAAAUAUAUUUAUCACUGUGGUAGCAAAUAUGGAUGGUCUAAUGUAUUUUACCUAAAAACUGCUCCCGAGGAAUCAGCACAAUGGUCACCUCACAUUGUUAUCUUUGGCGACAUGGGCAACGAAAAUGCUCAAAGUUUACCCAGAUUGCAAGAAGAAGCACAACGUGGAUUGUACGAUGCAGCAAUUCAUAUCGGAGAUUUUGCAUAUGACAUGGAUACCAAUAACGCACGUGUUGGGGAUGAAUUCAUGAAACAAAUAGAAGAAGUGGCUGCAUACUUGCCAUAUAUGACAGUACCUGGUAACCAUGAAGAGAAAUAUAACUUCAGUAAUUACAGGUCUCGUUUCACAAUGCCUGGCGAUUCUGAAGGUUUAUGGUACAGCUUUAAUGUAGGACCAGUUCACUUCAUAGCAAUUGAAACAGAAGCUUAUUACUUUAUGAAUUAUGGUAUAAAGCUACUUGUUAAACAAUACGAGUGGUUAGAAAAAGAUUUAAUAGAGGCAAAUAUACCAGAGAAUAGGAUACAAAGGCCGUGGAUAGUUGCAUUUGGUCACAGACCAAUGUACUGCAGUAAUGCUAAUGCUGAUGAUUGCACUAAUCAUCAAAGUCUAAUCAGAGUUGGAUUGCCAAUCCUAAAUUGGUUUGGCCUCGAGGAUCUGUUUUUUAAGUACAAAGUAGACUUAUUAUUAUGGGCUCAUGAACAUAGUUAUGAACGUUUGUGGCCCAUGUACAAUUUCAAGGUACAAAAUGGUAGUUAUGAAAAUCCGUAUGAAAACUACAAGGCACCUGUACAUAUAAUAACAGGAUCAGCGGGAUGCAAAGAAGGUCGUGAAAAAUUUGUUCCACACAAGCCGGAGUGGUCUGCGUACCGUAGCUCGGAUUACGGAUACACCAGGAUGAAAGCGUAUAAUCGAACUCAUCUUUAUCUCGAACAGGUAUCCGAUGACAAAGAAGGUGCAAUUUUAGAUAGUGUUUGGCUUACAAAGGACAACGCCUUGCCGUCGUAUAAUAUGAAUCUUCUUGAAAAUAAAAUAUAAAACAUAAAAUGUAUAUAUAAUUUAGGACAAAGUAAUUGAAACGAUAUACAGAUAUAACUUUUAUCGUCUUUCUUUUUCGACAAUGUAUCAUGCUCUUUGAUGGUAAAUAGCAAAACUGCGUAUGUACCACCAAUCUCAAACAAUUAAUUUUUUUAAUUCUAUUGUAAAAAAUUUCCCCCUAUUCUUUCUUGUGUAAAAACGGAUAAACUACAAAAAUUUGCUAAUUACAAAUGAGAUGGAAAUUAUUAAUAAUGCAUACGUACAAUAUAAUCCUUUAAUUGUUAAAAUAUAAAUAUAUGUAUAUAUAAUCAUUGUAGCAUAUAAUAUUAAUAAUAUAAUAUUAGGGUAGCAUUUCAUAUUUCCAUCUGAUUCUCACAUUAAAUCAUUAUUUGUCAAUGAUAUAUGAAUGAUACGAUUCGUACUAAGGAGAAAAGAACACUUCCAAAUUCGACAGUAGUAAUAAGAAGAAACGUACAAAGAAACGCUUUCUUUCGCUGCUAGAAAUUGAUUGCAAAUUUAUAUACUAAUUCAAUUAAAGCUAUUAAUGUUUCUAUGUUUCUACUUUUAAAAUGGAAAAUCCAUUUGCCCAUUGACUGGCUCCUUGCCAAGUAUAAUUUGCUAUUUUGACUUCCGCUAUAAUAUUUGACUAAUGAAUUUAAAAAAAUAACCAGGAACUGCUUUUCUAUAAAUUAUUGCGAUAAAAUUGACAACGAAGCCAGAAAAUAUCGAUUACCAUCCUCAUUAAAAAAAAAAAAAAAUUA